AUGUCAGGCAAGUCGACAGCACUUCCGGCGCAUUCUUCGUCAAGUCACGCGCGAGCGACAACUAACUCACACGCAGGGCCAACGUGCACCCUGCAGCCCGUGGCCAGCGAGGCAGACUUCGAUGCCACCGUCGCCGCCCUGCCCCCGAGCACUCUGGCCAUCGUCUACUUCAACGCCGACUGGGCCGAGCCAUGCCAGAAGAUCACCCUCGUCCUCUCCACCCUCGCCGCCACAUACGAACAGACCAGCCCACCACGCAUAGCCUUCUUCUCCAUCGACGCCGAGGAACUCUCAGACAUCAGCGAAAAGUACAACGUCACGCAAGUCCCAUUCAUCGCGCUACAGAAAGGUGGCAAGAUCCUCGAGACGAUCAUUGGCUUGGAUGUUAACCACAUACGAAGCACAAUCGACAGGUACGCAGGAGGUGGCGCUGGGGGAGAGAGCUUACCGCCAGCUCAGAAGGUGAACAAGUCGGAGCAGCCACAGACCAACGGAGGUGGGGUGGCCAAGUAUGCUCCAGGUGCUUCGGAUCCCUCGACAGCUCCGCAAUAUAGCGCCGAGCAGAUGGACGCCCCCAAGUCGAAGGAGGAGCUGGACCAGCGUUUGUCGGAGCUUGUCAAGGCAGCACCAGUCAUGCUGUUCAUGAAGGGGACCCCAUCAGCACCGCAGUGUGGCUUUAGCCGGCAGACAGUCAGCAUUCUUAGGGAGAAGGGCGUCAGAUAUGGCUUCUUUAACAUCCUGGCCGAUGACGAGGUCCGACAAGGCCUGAAGGAGUUCAGCGAGUGGCCGACGUUCCCGCAGGUAUACGUCGACGGUGAGCUUGUCGGUGGCCUUGAUAUUCUCAAGGAAGAGUUUGAGAACGACCCAGAGUUUCUCAAGGAUUACUCGGUCCAGAAACAGGCUCAGGCCGCAUAG